AAAAAGUGCAAAUAUUUGAAAACAUUUUAACAAACAAUGGCUGCCGUUACCCAACACAACUUACAAAUGCUAAACAAUGCCACAUAUUCCCAUUCCAUAGGCGGCAUGCCUCAUGGCUUGGGUUUGCUAACAACAGUGGCCUCCCUGCCACCCAAAUAUCGCAGCCGUUAUUUGAGCAUAAAAACCAAGUGUGAAAUACCUUUAGAUUUGUCCAGGAAAUCAAUGUCGCCACAACUGGAGUGUGAGGUGCCCAUGGCAGCAAAUUUCGCCGAUGUCUAUACUGAACCCUGCAGUGAUACAGCCUCGCAGGCAAGUGAAGAAAUCAUCGAUGAACUGGUACAACAGUGCCAAAUGAUCUGUGAGAGUAAUGCAACAACGAAUACAGCUAACACUACUACCACAGCUACCGCUACCAUCACCAUAACAAAGCAACAACCAGAGCCAGCUGUACAGCAACAUUUAAAACCCAUAACCCCACCCUUGACACCCACCAAAAAGAGAAAAUUCUCGGAAACCAGCUCAGAAGGUGAAACCGACAGCAAAGAGAAUCAACAGAAAAUCUUUAAAGUGGAAACCAAGAACAACAAACAGCCUUUAAUGGAAAACACACCAGCUAAACCCAUUAAGCCAACGGACACUGCCCCCAAAACUGGUAAAAAUACCACAUCUUCAGCAUCCAAUAGUAAUAAAACCAAUCGCAACAAUAAGGCCACUAGGAAACUGAAAUUCGAUGAGGAAACCUCUUCACCGGUCUCGGGCACCAUCAUACGCCCCCUAGAGGACAUCACUGAUGGCAGCAUGCAGUACAGCAAUGGCGAUAUUGAUCCCAAAUACAAUAUAGUGGAGAUAACCGAGGAAACUAAGGCAGAAUUGGCGGCCAUUAAAAAUGUCAUAGGUGACUAUGUGUGCAAAUUGUGUCGCAUUAAAUUCGAUGAUGCUUUCGGUUUGGCCCAACAUCGUUGUGCCUGCAUAGUGCUGCUCGAAUACCGCUGUCCCGAAUGUGGCAAACAAUUUAAUUGUCCCGCCAAUUUGGCCUCCCACAGACGUUGGCACAAGCCCCGUAAAGAUGGCUCUGUAACAGCUAUAGGCUCUGCCAACUCACAGAAUAAUAAAAAAGAAAAUAAAGAACAAAAAUCCAAUAGAAAAUCUGAGGAUGCAGAAACUAUUUACAACUGCUCGGAGUGUGGCAAGAAAUUCAAACGUCAGGCUUAUCUCAAGAAACAUCAAUUGAAUCAUCAGCAAAAACCAACAACAGCAGCUGUACAGCAGGAGAAACCUGAGAUCGGCACAGAGGAUACAACUUCUUCGGCAACAUCGUCGCCCAUACACCAGCAACAAAUCACCACAGAGCAAAAUGAGGUGUAUACAGCGAAUACUCAACAUGUCUACGAUGAUCAUGAAGAUACCAUGUCCGAUUAUAGUUCGGUUACCUCAUCGCAAGGCUAUGGACGUUUGCAAAUCAUUGAAACCGGUUUAACCGAAGAGGAGAAUAUUGCAGCGGCCGCUCUAACCAAUUUACGUCAUUGUGCCUCUGUUAUACAACACACCACUUUGGCGCAUUAACGGAGGUAAAAUUAAAUUAUAAACGA